ACGAAACGAAAUUUCUAACCCUCUCUGUCCAAUCGUGAAGGAGGGAAAUCAUGAGUUUCUUCAAGUUGGAGGAGGUGCAAUGCGGCCCCCUCAAGCCGAGGAAACGCAACGCGGUUGCCGUCGGCAGCCCGAACGUGUGGUGGGGAUAUAGAUUGCGCGAGAGGACCGGUUGCAAGAAGAUCCCUAUACCCGAAACGUACGAGAACUUCGAGGAGGAGAAGAGGAGGGACUAUGAGCACGUGACGAAGAUCAUGGAGUUCGAGAAACACUCGAAGUGGAGGAUCAGGAGGAAGGGUAUCAGGCAGCACGUUCAGCAAGGUACUAGCGAGGAAUGUAUGGGGUGUUGGUCGUCAGGACACGCGGUGAAGUAAGAGGGCUGGUGUCUCACGAAGACAUGGUGAACGUACGUCGGGAAAAAUUGCGAGAGAUAUUGUUGAAGGAAGAGAUGGGGUUGAUCCACGAGGUGAUAGACCAGGCUCAGCACGGUGACGACGCAAGAAUGGACGAUAUGCGGCGCACAAUAGAAGAGAUACACAAAGAAGAGGAGGAACAACGGUUGGCCCUGUUGGCCCAGAAGAGGAUGCAGCAAUAUGUGAUAGGAAGCGCGUUAUUCCGGGAGGAAUUGUCGAAGAAGGCUGUAAUCGAAGCGAAACAAAUCAAUCUCGUCCAAAUGACGGAGAACGAAGUUAAGAGGCAGGCCGAGAAGGAAUUGGAUAAUUUCUGGCACCAGAUGAUGCUGAAAGAGGUGGAGGCGAAGAAGCAGAGGGACGUAGAGGAAACGAAGAGGCGUUGCCUCGUCCAAGAGAACGACACCGAAAUUUUGAUGAAACAAAUGGCAGGGAAAUUGGCUUUGGAGGAGGAGAGGAAGCGGAUACGGCAGGAGGACGUUGAGCACAUGGAACGUUUAUGCGAGGCGGUUCGCAAGGAGGAGUUGGACAAGGCGGAGAGAGAUCGCCAGAAGAAGGAAGAGUUGAAGAACGAUCUGCUGGAACAGAUUCGGCUGGCCAAGACGAGGUUGACGGAGGAGGAUCGCCACGAGAAAGAGAUGGACCGGUUGAGAGGGGUUAUCACCGCCGAGGAAUUGGCGAGGGAGGAGGCCGCCAUCGUGGAGACCACCGCGGCUUUCCGUAGCGAGUUGUUGGCUUAUUUCGAAUAUUUGGAAAAUUUGAAGAAACAGGAGGAGAGGAGGAACUUGGAGAUUGACCAGCUGGUGGAACAAUCCCUGAAGGAGGCCGCAGCCAAGCGCGACGAAGCGGUGAAGAGGUACAAGGAGGUUAGGAAGAAGCUUCUGCAGGAUGUGAUAGAGGGUCGGGAGCAACAGUUGAGGAUAAAAUGCGAAAAGAAGAAGAAGGAGGAGGAGGAUCGUUUGUUGGAGAAGGAGAUGUUGGAGAAGGAGAUAGAAAUGGAAGCCAAGUUGACCGCCAACGCGAAGAAGGAGGAGAGGGAGAGGAUGUUGUGCUACAAGAAGGAACUGAUGGAGCAGUGGAAAUUGAAAGACGAGACGCGGCGUAAAGAAAUCGAGGAAGGGAAGAAGAUGUAUGUAGAUGAGUUGAAACGUCAAAAUGACGAGUAUAAUAAAAUAAUGGACGUUCCGCAAGUUACUGCCCCGCAUCCGUUUAAGAUUUUGUUGAAGGAGUGCGCGACUCGUCAUGCCGCGGAGAAAGAGGGGAAAUGUACCUGUCCUCCUCUGUUAGACGAGUAAAAAUCACACGAUUUGUAUUUUACGAUUUUAAUUUUUAACGAUCGAACGUAUUCUGUUCGUUUAUUACAAAGUGAUAUAUUUAUACAUAUAUAUAUAUUUGCUGUUUUAAAAUACGAAUUUUCCCGCUCCGAGAGGAUCCACGAUCCACGCCGAGAUCUAUACAGUUCCGUUUGAACUAUUCGCGCCAUCUGUGCCAACGUACGAAAACUUUCUCUAUCGUUAAGGUAGAAUUCUGUUUCUCGUUCAUCGAUCUCUUCUCUUUUUCCCCGUUUUUUUACGGCGCGCAUUCCCUACUGGCGCGAUAUUUAAAAAAGCGCCACGGGAUCGAUGAAAGAAAAAUCGCUCCUUCUCCGUAAC